CCAUUUGAUCAAAAUACUACGAGGUCGGGGCAUACCGGCAGUGGCGGCCUUGGUGAAAGUGACAUACAAAAGCAUAUUCGCGGUCAUUUCAGUGGGAACAGCGGUAGACAUCGGACAAACCAAGAUGGAAAAUUCUACCGGAGACAACUUUUGGGUGCCUGAUAUGCCGCCUUGCCCUAGCCCUGCCAUUUGUAUCAUCGAAACGACCAUUAUCAUUGCGGUGACUGGGCUUGUAAUGAUUGGGAACGUCUUCAACUUGAUAGUUUUGUUAUCCACACCGACUCUUCGUAACAGCCAUGGCUACCUGUUGUUAUCGCUCUCGGUGGCUGACCUGAUGACGGGGCUAGUGGCUACCUUAUCGAUCUACCCGUCGGCUACCUUCCGAGCCAGCCCAGACUCCUGGCCAUACGGGGACACAGCCUGUCUCAUCUCGGCCUACUUUCACCAAGUGGGAAUCGCAAACUCCGGCAUCACUUUGGUGUUGCUGAGCAUCGAGCGAUACGUUGCCGUGGUGCACCCGCUCCGCUACUCCCGCGUCGUCACAAAGCGGGUCACGCUGAUCUGCAUCGGUUUGGUUUGGCUGAUUUCCAUCGGAGUAUUCAGCACCAUCUUUGCCGGUUUUCCGGAACAUUUGUACUUUCCAACACUGUACGUGUGUCUGCCUUCGUUCUUUAGUCAGCCCAUCCUUGCUGGUGUCUUGCUCUCCACGGUGGUUGCUCCCAUACCGAUCAUCACGGUCACAUCAUGCAUUGUCAGUAGGAGUCUUCGCACUGCACUCCAGGGAAGCACGAGAGAUUCAGGGAGGGGUCUCAAAAUAAAAGCCUUCCGGAUGGUCCAGAUCAUGACGUUAACAUUAAUCCUAUGCUACGUGCCGUUCUUUGUUAUGUUCCUCGUCGGCCUUGCUGCUCGUAUCUCCAUACCGCAGGUGGCUGUAUUUUGUGUUUACUGGCUGCUACUCGCCAACAGCUUCUUCAACACCCUGAUCUACUUCAAGAUGAACGCGGCCUUCCGGGCGAGACUUUAUGAACUUGUGGGUUUGGUGGCGUCCCGGUUGGGCAUCACAGCAGAGAAAAGUGAUAGCCACUCUGCGCGAGAUAACUUGAGUACCAUAGCGAACUCCAGUAAACCAUCCAACGGCAAUUCGGUGGCCACAUCUUCUACAUCUGUAAACGUACAAUUCCAUGACAGUACUUUGUAAACUGAUGAUUAACUUGGCAUAAACCAAAUACAGUCAUGUGUAGUACUACUGUUUUGAGAAAUAAUUUAUAUUUAUUCGUCACGAAAUUUAAUUAAACAAUAUUUGACUGUUGAUGGAUACAGGAUUACAAUUUCUCUAAUUUUAUAAGUAUGCCUAUGUAAAUAAUUGGGCCUACAUUUUGGCAAAUUAAUUAGCCCCCCCCCCCCCAAAAAAAAGUAUAUAUAUAUAUAAUAUAAAGGUCUGACGGUUUGCUCUAACGUGCCAUAAAAAGGGAAGGUCAACUUCCAUCAGAAUCCGACAAACAUUGAUCAUGUUUAUUUUAUUUUCCAAUUUUGACAUCUAGGAUGCUUUCUCCUGUAUUCAAGGCAAUUCCAGAAUAAAUGUAGGAACUUUGAAUCAAACAUUUUCAACUCAUAAUUUUAUCAAAUAGGUAUCGUAAACAUAUUUGUCAGGCGGGCUGUGUCCAUUUUUGUCUCAGUCAGUCGGUCACCUUGUAUAUCUGUGUCUAUCUAUUGGUCAGUCGGUCGGUUUGUUUGUCUGUUUCUGCCUGUUUGUUGGUUUUUCUGUCCAUCGUUAUCUAUGUAUCUGUCCUAUAUGGUCUGUUGUUGUGUUUGUCCAUUUUCAGUUGUUCGUUUGCUAUUCUUUGCUAAAAUGAUGGGUCAAUAUUUUUAGUUCAUUCAAUUGUGUGUCUAAUGUAACUUUAAAAGUGUAGGCCUUUUUUGUCUGUUGUUAAUGUCGGAUUAAUUGUUUGAAUUUAUCUGUUUCACUCCAUGUAAUUUUGCUAUCAAACUUCCAAUAAACGAGAAUCAUAAAAAUAAUA